AUGCGGCGCCAACGCCGGUCCAGCAGCGGCGCUUCCUCCAAAGCUGCUGCCCCUAUACCAGAGGCUGUCUCCUUGAUACACUCCUUCGACUCGGCCUUGAAUCCGAACCGGCCUGCUCGCCCAUCGCCAUUGGCAUCGUCGCAAAUUCAAGGCAUGCCACUAGACUUGAUCGAGCGCAUUCGCAAUUUCCCUCUAUUUCAAUCGACCCCAGACUCCUUUCUCGCCGAAGUGGGCUUGCAUCUACGUCCGCAGCUCCAUGCCGCUAAUGACUAUAUUGUGACCGAGGGAGAUGAAGCAAAAGCAAUGUACUGGCUUGUCAGAGGUGCUGUUGCAGUGACAUCCCGCGAUGGAGAGAGUGUACAUGCAGAAUUGAAGCCCGGAGCCUUCUUUGGCGAAAUUGGUGUUCUGAUGGACCGACCUCGCACUGCAACAAUCAUUGCACGGAGUCGCUGUCUGCUCGUCGUUCUUACAAAAGAAGAUUUCCGAAAAAUCCUUCCCCGAUUUCCCGAAGUCGAACGUGCUAUUCGUGAAGAAGCUUUGGAACGAUUAUCGAUUCUGGAAAAGAAGAACAAGGAACGUUAUGAUGCAGCUGAGAAGACCGCGGGCAUGAACAGGCGGGGCUCGAAGCGCCUGCGUGAAAGUAAUUCCGGUGGACUCUCGCUGGGAGAAGAAAAUGAUUUGAGAAUUCUGAAUGCGAACAAGAAACGCAAGUCUCCGAGUCCAGGCAUUGCUGACAUAUCCUCAAGCGCCCUCGCAAACGGAUCCGUCAAUGUGCGCUCCUUAUUGAAGGAAAUGCCUCUAUUCUCCAGUCUCACCCCCGACCUUCUCCACUAUUUAGGCUUAAAGCUUCAGCCCCGAUCCUAUCCUCCUUUCACCGACAUUAUAAGACAAGAUUCUCUUGGACGCGAAAUCUACUUUAUUGUACGAGGCGAAGUAGAAGUUCUCAACGAGAACAGAGACUCAGAGUUCCGCAAAGAUUCAGAAGAUCAGGCCAGCCAUGGCGUUGAGGUAAAGGCUCGACUCCGACAAGGUCAAUACUUUGGUGAAAUCGUCAGCUUGUCAUUAACUCCUCGUCGUACUGCUACUGUAAGAUCCGUCACGUCUGUGGAAUGUCUGAUGCUCAGUGGAGAUGUGUUGGCGGAGUUCUGGCAGAAAUGUCCAGACGAACUACGACAACAAAUUGAGCUCACGGCGAAGAAGCGACUUGAAUCAACUACAGACACCGAUGUCUUGAUGGCGGAUGCGACGGACCCAACACCUCCAAUCAACCAGCUUACAAUCGAUGACAAACUCAAAGUCACUAGUCGUCGAAGGAAAUCAAUGCCUUUGGUUACGUUGACCGAGUCCGUAUUGGAUAAUACACAUCAGGCCAAUGGAGAUCAAGAAGCUCCCGUCUUAAGUCCAUCGGAUCCUGAUCCUUUUCUCAACAUCGGACUUGACAAUGUCAAGUUCAAAUCGCGUCGAGGCUCUGUGGGUAUCAUUGUUCCCAGAGACGCUGCUAACGUAGAGAGCUCCCGACAAACGACGCCAACAGAACCGCGCCCUGGUAGCUCCUUUAAAGCGAUAUCUCAAACGAACGGUACACCCACAAGAGCACGUUCAACGAGCUUAUUAUAUCAGUACCAGCAGGGAAACCGUGGCUUUUUACCAGAUAAUGUACUUGUGCGCAUAUUUGAGUAUCUUGAACUGCACCAUCUGUUGCGUCUUCGGGCUGUUUGUGCCCAUUGGUCCAAGAUCCUGACAGAGUCGCCAACUCUCUGUCGAGAUCUGGACCUCAGUGUCUACAAUCGCAAAGUUACUGACGACGCGCUUUCCACCAUCAUUUGUCCGUUUGUUAAAGAUCGACCCUUCUAUAUUGAUAUCAAUAACUGCUUCCACAUUACCGAUGAAGGCUUUAGUACUUUGGUCAAGACAUGCGGACAUAAUAUUCGAGCCUGGAAAAUGAAGAGUGUAUGGGAUGUGACGGCGACGGCGAUACUUGAAAUGGCAGGAAAAGCGACAGGUCUGCAAGAGGUCGACUUAAGCAACUGUCGAAAAGUGAGCGACACACUUCUGGCAAGACUUGUUGGAUGGGUCGUCCCAUCGGCCACGCUAGUCCAGCACAGCCAUAUAGCUGCGAAAAACAACUUGAAACCUACUAUACAGACUGCCGCAGGUGCAGUAUAUGGCUGUCCACAGCUAAAGAAGCUGACUUUAUCCUAUUGCAAACACGUUACUGACCGCUCAAUGCACCAUAUUGCAUCCCAUGCCGCUCCUCGCAUUGAACAGGUUGAUUUGACGAGGUGCACCACCAUUACAGAUCAAGGAUUCCAAUACUGGGGCAAUGCUCAGUUCACGAAACUACGGAAACUUUGUCUGGCUGAUUGCACAUAUUUGACAGACCAUGCCAUUGUUUGUUUGACGAAUGCCGCAAAGAAUCUACAGGAACUGGAUUUGUCAUUUUGCUGUGCUCUGUCGGACACUGCCACCGAAGUCUUAGCUCUACAAUGCCCACAAUUACUGAAACUUAACAUGUCAUUCUGCGGGUCUGCUGUUUCGGAUCCUUCGCUCAGAAGUUUGAGUCUCCACUUAUUGCUUCUCCAAGAAUUAUCCGUCCGAGGUUGUGUCAGAGUGACAGGUAUAGGAGUCGAAGCAGUUGCAGAUGGAUGCCAAAAUCUAUCAUACCUUAACGUCAGCCAGUGCAAAAACCUUCAACCGUGGCUAGAGCGCGGCGGGCCGUUACGGUAUCAGAAUAAAAUUCAGUUUGAGACUGUUGCUAAGAAAGCUGUGUUUCGCUGA